CUUCUGGUGUGAAUCAUGUUACUUUUCAUCUUUCCUGGGACAUUACUUUGGGGAUUUGGACUGAGCAACAAAUUUGAAUCAGAAUUUCCUUCUUCAUUAACUGGAAAAGUAGCUCCUGAAGAAUUUAAAGCCAGCAUCAACAGAGUUAACAGUUGUCUUAAGAAGAACCUUCCUGUUAAUGUACGUUGGCUACUUUGUGGCUGCCUUUGUUGCUGCUGCACAUUAGGUUGCAGUAUGUGGCCAGUUAUUUGUCUCAGUAAAAGAACACGAAGAUCGAUUGAGAAGUUAUUAGAAUGGGAAAACAAUAGGUUAUACCACAAGCUGUGCUUGCACUGGAGACUGAGCAAAAGGAAAUGUGAAACGAAUAACAUGAUGGAAUAUGUCAUCCUCAUAGAAUUUUUACCAAAGACACCAAUUUUUCGACCAGAUUAGCAUUUACUUUAUUUAUAGAGACUUUCCAAGUAUGUUGUCUUUCCAAUGGUGCCUUGCUUGGUGCUCUUCUGGUGGUGACAUAACAUUGGUUCUACAGAAUCGUGUGGUGUUUUUUUCUUUUUUUUUUUUUUAAUAACCGCAUGUUCUAAGUGUGCAUUUUUGUCCAACUUUGCAACAGUUAUUUCAUACAGAUGUUUAAUACUUAAGUUAUUGUGCUCUUUUCUGUUAUGUAUUCUGAUUUUCAAGGUUACUUUUUUGUAUUAUCAAAAAAAAAUACAUUUGAACUUAGCAUAAAAAAUGGCCAGCCUUUUUUAUUUUAUCACCAAGGUAUACACAGUCUUUUAUUUAUUAAUUCCUUAAUAUAGAAAAACACCUUUGUAAGACUCUACUCAUCAUUUAUAGCAAGCACACUCUUUGUAUUCUUUCUCACCCUUUUUAAAUUUAACAGUUAUUCUUUUAAAAUAGUAAGUUUUCUUUAAUAGCUUUUUGUCAUUUAACAUAUCCUUUCUCAUACAAUUCCUAAUGCUCUGUUUACAGCGGAAAUAUUUGUAACAUUAUGAAGACGUAUAAAAAAGUUUUGAAAGGAUUUCUGGUUUCAAAGGUAGCAAGGCAGAAUUAAAUUAUUUUUUAUUAGAAUAGACAAAUCAGUGAAUGGUAUGCAUGCAUCUAAUGGUUACUAGAGCUCAGGAUCAUAAAAAUUUAGUAUCAUUACAAUCUGUGUAUAUUUUUUAUCAAGAUGAUAAUGCCUUAUUUGGGUUAUUUUUUGUUUAUCAAAUCUUAUAUACAAAAGUAUGGAAAUACUCCUUUAAAAAGUUUCUAAGGAAAAUAUUUCUCCUAACACAGUUGUAGAAUGGAUAUAUGUUUCUAAAAAGUUUUGAAAGAAAGUAAAAAUUCUAGAAUUAAAAAUAAGCUGGUGUUUAAUACCCCAUUGAUAUUUAGAACAGAUUAUUACUAAAAAAUGGAAGGCGUAUUUAGUACUGUUUUUAUCUACUAGUUUGCUUUUGGUCCAGUUAUGUGUACUUUUUUUUUUUUUUAUUGAGAAGGUGACAUUUAAGUUUAAAUUAGAUCAGCUUGUUUCUUUUACAUAUAUACAAACAUACAUUUUUUUUCUCUUUUUGGUUGUACAUAUGUCCAUGCAUUUUAAAACUUUCUGAAUGGCCUAUGUGUAAAUUUUUGUUUUUAUAAACUUGAAAUUAUACAAAUUUUAAUGUGUGUCAAGAACUUGUUCCAUACAGCUGUGGUAUCGAGCAAUAAUGUGAAUAACUUUUGAAAUUAUAUAAACUGUGCUUAAUAAUUUGUAUUGAGAAUUGGUACCACUAUACCUUUUUUCCUUGUAUUAAAUUUUUUAAAUACCAGUUUCAU